AUGAAGCCCCCAAAGUCGCUCCUCAGCCGCCUCCCCGGCAUACGCUGGACCCCCUCCGACAUGCCCUCCACCGACCCGUCGACCUCGAAACCUAAAAGCCGGAACCCGUUUUCGCUCAAAGCCUCGCCGCCAGAGCACGGCAUUGUGCGCCCGCGCGCAUCCACUAUCAGUCUAACAUCAGAGCCGGAUGUCGAUAUCGAUGCGCGCACGCACGCGCAGGGCCAGAGCGACUUCUUCACGCGGUUGCCGCUUGAGCUGCGGCAAUUGGUGUACGAACAUGUCAUGGGCGCAGAGAUUGUGCAUCUGACACUGAGCACGAAGAAGAAGCGGUUCGGCCAUUUCCUGUGCGACAGCGAGGGAGACGGCGGGAGGGAGUACAUGUGUCGCGUGCUGGUGUUUGGGAAGAAGGGCGCGAGGUUGUACCCUGGUGGGCCGACUGUACUGAGGGCUUGCAGGCGCAUGUAUGUAUUCUCCUCCCCUUCUCAUGGCAAUCACAAUGGCAUCAUGGAGACUGACUGUAUUCUGCAAUCUAGGUACUCAGAAGCGAUCUCGUAUCUCUAUCGCGCGCACACCUUCUCCCUCCUCCACAUCACGCACCUACUCUACCUCCCCGCUUCGAUCCCACAACCGCGCCUCAAUUCGAUUCGCACGCUACACCUCCGCUGGGCUAUCCGCGCGCUGCCUUAUAUGAGUCGCGGUCCCUCGAAUCGCGUCGUUUAUCGCGACGACACGGCGAAUUGGGAGAAAGCGUGGACGAUAAUAGCGAAUAUGCAGGGAUUGAGACAUCUUCGGGUGAUUCUGAUGGAUCCCAGCCCGCAAUGGCUGUGGCAGAGCGAGUGGAUGGAGCUAGAGGAUUUGCUGCUGGAUAGUGUGAGGAUGGUGACGAGGCCGCGCGACGCUAUCGUCGUGCUACCGUAUCCAAGUUGUAGGACGGACUGGGAUAUGGGGGAGAGCACUGUGAGGUUGAGGAUAUUCGGCCAAGCAACUGAUGCUUCGGAGGAUGCCAAGUAA